CCGACCCGAACGAGUGAGCGAGCAGCAGUAAACCCGUGAAGAAGCUAAAGUGAAAAUCGGUCUCCACUUUUCGUUGAAAAACCAACAAAUUAAUCAGUGAAUUUUGUCCGGAAACUAGUUCUAAACGGUGCGCCAACCCUUUGUGGAACGGAUGCGAUAGUUUUCCACCCGCCAUGGAUGGGUCCCGGCGUCGGGAAAAGUAUUUUCCUGCCAGCAGUGCCUGGGCAGCAGUAGAUGCAGCCAAAGUGCGAGAAAAGUGAAGAAGCAGUGUUGUACAGUGAGAAAAAUGUUCCAGCCUGACGUCACGCAGCAGCAGCAGCACCAGUCCUCGUCUUCGUUGUUCUCGAAAGGUUCUUCCACAUCACCGACCCGUCUAGAGGCGGACGCAGAAACAGGAAGAAAUUAGUGUGGCAGCUUUUAUGAAGAAAAGUGUGUUGGUAGCUUAUCGAGCGUAAGCGAAAAUUUGAAAAAAAACUGUGACCCAGUGACUGUGUGUUUUUUGGUGUGAGAAGCAAAGUAAGAUACGUAAGCUAAAGUUGGUUCAAGCAUAGUUUGGAUCCCACCGCGGCGCCGUCACGAUGUAUGCAAUGGAUGAUAAGAACUCCUCCGGCAGUGGUGGCGGGGGUAGUGGCACCGGAAGCCUCGGCGAAACCAAAGUCAUCUACCACAUAGACGACGAAACGACACCCUAUCUGGUCAAGAUCCCACUUCCCUCCAGUCAGGUUACCCUGAAGGAUUUCAAACUGGUCCUCAACAAGCAGAACAUCAACUACAAAUACUUCUUCAAAUCCAUGGACGCUGACUUUGGCGUGGUGAAAGAGGAAAUAGCCGACGAUUCCACAAUAUUGCCAUGUUUCAACGGGAAGGUCGUAUCCUGGCUGGUGACGGCCGACGGGUCCAAUCAGUCCGAGUGUUCCGAACUGCAGCCGUCGGAAAUGAUCGACGGACGGCCCACCCUAGCACAGCUGCGAACCAUGAACAAACCAAUGAACAACAUGAUGAGUAUCCCGAUGAACCCACUGACGUACCAAUCGGCCUCAGUCGUGUCCAGCGAUCUGGACUCGACCUCGCUCUUCGAAACGGAGAGCGAAAUUACGCUAGAUAGAGAUAUGACUGAAUGCAGCAGCGUGCAGCGGUUGCAGGUGCGGAAAAAGCCACAGCGGCGCAAAAAACGGGCCCCGUCGAUGUCCCGAACCUCCUCCUACAGUUCCAUCACCGAUUCGACCAUGUCGCUGAACAUCAUCACGGUGCAGAUCAACAUGGACACGGUGAACUUCCUCGGAAUAUCGAUCGUCGGGCAGUCGAACCGGGGUGGCGACGGCGGCAUCUACGUCGGCAGUAUAAUGAAGGGAGGAGCGGUGGCACUGGACGGUCGGAUCGAACCCGGUGAUAUGAUAUUACAGGUAAACGAUGUAAACUUCGAAAACAUGACCAACGACGAGGCGGUCCGUGUUCUCCGGGAGGUCGUCCAGAAGCCCGGUCCAAUCAAACUAGUUGUUGCCAAAUGUUGGGAUCCGAACCCGAAGGGGUACUUUACGAUCCCCCGCACCGAACCGGUACGGCCGAUCGAUCCGGGAGCGUGGGUAGCCCAUACGGCCGCCCUUCGCUCCCAGGACACCAUCAACACCGAACUGCCCGAGUCCGUACUGGAGCGGCUCCACGUGGACAUGGACAUGAAGGAAAUCGUACGUGCAAUGACCAAACCCGACAGCGGACUGGAAAUCCGCGAUCGGAUGUGGCUGAAAAUCACCAUCCCCAAUGCGUUCAUCGGUGCCGAUGUGGUCAAUUGGAUUCUGGAGAACGUGGACGGUAUCGGCGAUCGGCGGGACGCCCGCAAGUACGUAUCGCUCAUGCUGAGGCGAGGCUACAUCAAACACACCGUCAACAAGCUAACCUUCUCCGAGCAAUGCUACUACGUCGUUGGUAAUGGCAUACGGCAGGACAUCUCCCACAUGUCGCUGGACGAUACGGAGAGUAUGCUCAGCGAUAUUGCCCCGCUACCGAAUCCACCGAUCUACAUGACCUACUCGGGCAACUACAACCCGUCGCAUGGCUACCAACCGAUCCAGUAUGGAUGCACCGGCGAACGGCAUCCGUCGUCCGGGUCGAGCAGUUCCGACAUCCUGACGAGUAAGGACACGUCCGCGUCGCAGAGCGACAUAGCAGCCGUUAUCCAGCAGACGAAUCAGAUGACGAUCGCCAACGCGUCCAACAAGUCAUCGGGAUCAUCGAACCGCGGUAAUGAGCAAGAUAUGUCAGUUUUGAGCUAUUUAUGAGUUGCUUUAAUUUUAAUUCUCUUUUAAUUAAUUCUAAAACACACAAAAACAAAAUCAAACGAAACUACAUACUUACUACCUAUCGUCACCAUCACCAUCUUCAUCAUCACCAUUACCAACAACAACAACAACAACUAUCGAUCAUCACCACCAACCACGCAUGGUCACCAACCCAACCUGUGGAACCACCUACUAAACCCGAAACGCAAAAAAAUACAAUCAAUGAAUCAAUCAACACCAUUCCCCCUAAUAUACUCUGGUUAUUGCUGGCGGUUCCCACCAAGGCAGAGUUUAAAACCGGCAGUGGUGGCAGCGGCUGCGGCGGCAUUGGCAUCGUCGGCAUCAGCGUCGGUGGUGUUGG